AUGACAAAUAUGGUUCGAUGGCUCUUCUCCACUACCCGCUUUACUACUUUCUAUUUUUUCUUACGUAUUAAGUUUCCCUUAAUAUAUAAUUGGAUAUUACUUUCGAUGUGUAUAUUUUUAUUCCUUUGUCGUUUUAUAUUAUGCCUAAUACCUAUUUGCAAUCUUUUUAGUUCGUGCUUUGUCGGCUCCUCCUUUCUGAUCACUCUCCCACUGGAGAUUCAAGACCCCCAGGCUUUAGCUCAUUUAGCAGGGCUAAACUUCUAUCUUAGUCUUUAUGAGCAGGAUCUGGGAGAGGUUACGUUCAUUCAGAACGAGCUUAAUCACAAUACCCCCCUGGAAGACAUACCUGGGCGGCUUAAGCUCUUCCUAAUGGAAGAAAAGCUCUCUUCUAUGCGACAAGAUGUCAUUCAGGAAUUUGGGGCGCUUUAUCAAAGAGUAGGGCCUUAUCUACCGAUCGAGCCCUACUUGGUCGAUGAAGCGCUUUGUUCCUAUCUGGACCAUAUUCACGCAACUGAUUCUUUCACUGUUCUCCAAGCGUCUUAUCAAGAUCUGCGGGAGAAUGAGGGAGGAUCCGUUUUCUUUCAAAAUGCUGUUUCCCACAACCGGGAUCUCCUUGAGGCGGAAAGCUCCGCAAGGAGGUGCCUGGAAGUGGAACAAAGGAUCCGGUGGGAAGAAAUCCCCAAGAGCAAGGCAAGUCUCGAAAGAGCUGAGCACGAGCAUGCUCUCGACUUGUUUAAGUCGGAGGAUCUUAGAAGGGAAUUAGAAAAAAAAGAGCAGGAAUUCUGGCAGAGGCAGCCCCCUUUUCCAGAUCAUGAAAAUGUGGAGAGUGAUGAUUCAUCAACUGAUUCAUCAAGGAGUUCAUCUGAUGAUUCAUCAACUGAUUCAUCAGGGAGUUCAUCUGAUGAUUCAUCAACUGAUGAAUCGGAUCUCGACACGGAUUAUGAUGAGCUAGCUGAUGAUUCAUCAAAUGAUUCAUCAGGGAGUUCAUCUGAUGAUUCAUCAACUGAUUCAUCAGGGAGUUCAUCUGAUGAUUCAUCAACUGAUUCAUCAGGGAGUUCAUCUGAUGAUAUGGACUGCUCUGAAGGAACACUCCCCCCCGAAGGGAAUGAAAGCCGUCUGAUAAUCUUUCUAUAG